AACCAUUGCAGUAAGAUCGUUAAAACAUCUGUAAGGAUCGUUGUGCACAGUCGAAUCUUAAGCAGGCUGUUAAGCAGUGCAAAAAAAUAAGUGUCGCAUUUUUAGAAUGACUGAGCUAACAACAAAAUAUAACAUAAUUGACGAGAAGCCACCUUUCAAUGCGCCAUUGAAGGGACAAUAUAAGCAGGGGUUCGGUUACUACACAAUGCGUGAGCGAUUGCCGGUCAUUUUAACCCAGGUUAUCGAUCAGCUCGCGAAAGAUAAGGAUCAGAUCGCGGAAAACUUCGGAGGCGAUCCGGUCCGAGAAGAGCUGAAAUCGGCAAUCGGUGAAAUUUCAAAGCUCAAGUACGAGUUGCAAACGGAUAAGGAUUUUAAGCCAAUUCGUUCCGCCGUAGGAGACGAAGCAGUAUGGAACAACUUCAUCGAAGGGCUUGGAGAAGACAAUUCUUACUUUUCAGCAUGUUGGUUAUAUGCGGAAACUUAUAUGUACCGACGGUUGAAUAACAUCUUUGAAAACACCACGAGUCUACAAAAACUGGACUACUUUCAGCAGCAAAAGCAUAAAGCACUAACCAACUCUUACGAUGCAAUGAUCGCUGUGUUGCAUUCCAUCGAGGCGUUCAACAAAGAAAAUAAAUCAUUCGAAGAGAUCGGAUCAUUUUUUCGAAAACUACUAAAGUUGAACCUUUGGGGCAAUAGAUGCGACCUUUCAAUCAGCGCCGGCCAGGACGUGAAGCAGGAUGGUGAUCCAUUUAGUUUGCUCGAAUCGCUUGAGCCUUUUACUGUUCGUGAUGAUACCCUGGACAUAUGGCAAUGCUUAACCGCGCAAUCAUCUGCAGAGACCGGAUCUUCGGGUAUAGUGGAAAUCAUCAACGACAACUCCGGAUACGAGCUGUUUACCGAUCUUUGUCUGGCUGAUUUUAUUGUGCACCACAAACUCGCUCCGAAGGUGUGCUUUAAUGUAAAAGCCAUUCCGUGGUAUAUCUCGGACGUCACUCCGAAAGAUCUUCAAUGGACGUUGGACACGUUUGCGGACCAUGCGGAACCCAUAUUAGCGCAAUUUGGUACGCGACUAAAAAAUCAUUUUGCAUCCGGUGCCCUCGAAUUGCGUUCAGUGGAUAAUUUUUGGACCUCUCCAUAUGAGUUUUAUCGAAUGCAAGAAGUAGUGCCGGCCCUGUACGAUACGCUAUCACAAGCGAAGCUGCUUAUCUUUAAAGGAGACCUAAACUACCGCAAGUUGCUAGGUGAUUUCAAUUUCCCCUAUACUACGCCAUUCAUCGAUGCGCUUCGGGGAUUUUUGCCAACGAACCUUUGCACAUUACGCACAGUUAAAGCCGAUUUGAUUUGUGGCUUGCCGGAAGGGAUGGCUGAAGACCUACAGUGCAAGGAUUCUUCGUGGAUGGUGACAGGAGAGUAUGGCGUCAUACAAUUUGCCAAAAAAUGACCAAGUUAAGUAUUCUAAGUUCUUCCUCGAACGAGAGCCUACCGUUGUGAGCGUUCUUGCAACGCUUAAAGCGUUGCAUUUUUUUUUUGUUCAAA